UCGGCGCGAUGACUUUCCGCUGUCUUGCGUCCAGACGCUCGUGAAGCCGCAGUGCUGCUCAACGGCUAACCGGAGACGCUUCGCUGAAACAUGCUCCCGUUAUCCAUCAAAGAUGACGAGUACAAGCCUGCCAAAUUCAACUUGUUCGUCAAGUUAUCGGGCUGGUUCAGAUCAAUUAUUGCCGAUAAAACCUCUCGGAAUCUGUUUUUCUUCCUAUGUUUGAACCUGUCCUUCGCGUUCGUGGAGCUGAGCUACGGCAUAUGGAGUAACAGUUUAGGUUUGAUAUCCGAUUCCUUUCACAUGUUCUUCGACUGCACGGCUCUUCUGGCAGGCCUUGCAGCAUCAGUCAUCUCACGGUGGAGGUCCAACGACUCCUUCUCAUACGGGUAUGUCAGAGCAGAAGUUCUCGCGGGCUUCGUGAACGGCCUUUUCCUCAUCUUUACCGCCUUCUUUAUCUUCUCAGAAGGAGUAGAGAGGGCGCUGGAACCCCCUGAUGUGCACCAUGACCGCUUGCUCCCGGUGUCUAUAGCAGGGCUGUUGGUGAAUCUUGUAGGAAUAUUCGUUUUUCAGCAUGGAGGACAUGGACAUUCACACGAUGGUGAAGGUCAUGGCCACAGUCAUUCUCUGUUCAAUGGGAGUGUGGGACAUGGACACAGUCAUGGAGACCACGGCCACAGUCAUGAGUCCAAACAUGGACAUGAUCAUGGGCAUUCCCACGGAGGACAUGGCCAUUCGCAUGACGAUCCCCACGGCCACGAUGACCAAUCACACACACCGGGGAAAGGCGCCAGCAAGCAGAUAUUACAAGGAGUUUUUCUUCACAUUGUUGCGGACACAUUGGGCAGUGUCGGAGUCAUCAUAUCAGCCAUCCUAAUGCAGAAAUACGACCUGAUGAUCGCAGACCCUAUCUGCUCCAUGCUCAUCGCACUUCUCAUAGGAGUGAGUGUGGUUCCUCUGCUCAGGGAGUCUAUAGGGAUCUUGAUGCAACGGACGCCUCCUUCUCUGGACCAUGCCCUUCCUGAAUGCUACCAAAGGGUCCAGCAGCUUCAGGGGGUCUAUAACCUUCAAGAACCUCACUUCUGGACCCUUUGCACAGACGUCUACAUCGGUACACUCAAACUCCUUGUGGCGCCCGAUGCAGAUUCUAGAUGGCUUCUCAGCCAAACGCACAACAUUUUCACACAGGUUGGCGUCAGACAACUGUAUGUUCAGAUUGAGGUGGCUGCCAUGUAGGAGUCUGCCAAAUUUCUCCUGAUCUUUGGGAGUCCUGGGACCAAAGACCUUCUGUGCUGCUGUGGGGAAGUUCUCCACCUCAACCCAUCUCUUUGGGUUUCUGUCGCUCCACCUCCAUCUUGGAUCAAGAUGGAGCUGGUGCAGUCCAGCAGUCUGACUCCACUCUUGCCAGAAAACAACAACUGACCAGCUACAACAAUCUGAUGUUUUGGAGGGAAGAAAGAACUUGCAACAUUUUUGCACCCUCUUGGUCAUUUG